AUGCUGAUGCUGGUGGGACUGGUGCUGUGCCUCACCCCCACGGAAGCCCUGACUGCCUUUCCCCCAAAGUUUGUGGUGGAGAGCCUGAACAAGGACGUGGUGGUGAAAUGCAACACUUCAAAGCAGCAAGUGACCUGGACGCAGAACGGAGAGCUGGAGCCCAUGGCCGAGCUCGUGGCCAAGGGACAGACUCUCACCAUCCUCGGCUUGGACCUGCCAGCCACGGGCAACUACAGCUGCUGGGCCGGCGGCGUCCUGCUGGACACCACCUACGUGGUGGUCAGGGUCACCGGUGAGGAGGAGGCCAAGAACGUCUCCUGCCAGGCUGACUCCUACCGCGGCUCCUUCCGCUGCUCCUGGACAGGGCCCCGCUCGGCCGUUUUCCGUGCCCGGCUGAUGCACAGUAACGGAUCCUUCGGGGACUGGGUACCGGUGGCCGGUCGUGGUGGCCAGUUCAACGCCAGCUUCACAGACCCCUCCUUCUGCCCCUUCGCGGAGGAGCUGCACCAGCUGCAGCUGUACCUGGAGGGGAUCUCGGACACCUCCUUCUUCAACUUCACCUCCCCCCGCUUCUUCAUCCGUGACAUUGUGCGCCCAGAUCCACCCCAGAAGCUGACCGUGCAGCAGCAGAGUGAGCAGCUCCGCCUGACCUGGGCCCCCCCAGCCUCCUGGCCGCUCCCCAGGUCCUACUUUGCUCUUCUGUACCGGCUGCAGUACGAGCUCUCCAACGGCACCCAGGUUGAGAAGUUCGUGGAGGGCGCAGAGGAGACGAUUGUGGAGGAGCACAUGCGGCGGGUGCGCAUCAGCUGCCAGGACCCCUACGCCAAACCCUCCUGGAGCUCCUGGAGCCCCUGGCAGGUGGUGGAUGCAGCCCAGCAGCACAGGCUGCGUGCGCACUGA